UCACGUGAUCCCGGUCAGCUGACCAAAACGGAAGUUUGGCCAGCAUCAGCGGGAAGACGCUCCUGUCCUGUUCGUCGCCGCUGUGUGAGCCAUGGUUCGGUGUUUCCUGAUCCACACAGUGUGUCCCGUCAGCGCUCUGCCCGCCGGGGAGAGUCGGCUGCUUUACUCCCGAAUGUUCGGUCCAGACGAGGCGGUUCUAACCGACCAGCACCGGGAGCUCAGCCCGGAGGAGAGAAGACUCCUGCGGAAGGAGAAGCUGUCCGUGGUGGCCAGGCAGGUCCGGAGCGUCGUCUCUCUGACCCGGGAGGCUGCGGGUCGGGUGCUGGUGGAUGCGGUGCCGGGGGAGGAGGCGCUGGCGUUGCAGGAGGCCGACAGCGGGGUGAUGCGGCUGCGGGCCGGAGACCCCUUCUGCGAGGAGGCGAGCGCCGUGUGGCUGGCCGUCCACAGCCUGGCCUUCACGCUGGUCUGCGAGCCCCACGAGAACCUGCUGCUGGCUGAGGGGAGUCUGCGGAGCCUGAGCCGCCACUGCCUGGAGCACCUGCACCUGCUGGGCCAGGGCAGCGAGGUCCUGCUGAAGAGCAGCCGCGUGGAUGUUCUGCUCAGCCGUCUCCUUCCUCACGGCCAGCUCCUCUUCCUCAACCACCGUUUCGCUCAGAGUCUGGAGAAAGAAGUAGCGGGGUACAUGAGCAAAUGAUGGACGGCUGGAUGGCUGCUGUUUUCCUGGAGGGAACGCUCGAUCUCCUCCAGGCGGGGGCUCCAUCAGUUUCCUGCAGGCUCCUUUACCUUCGGGGGGGGGCUGCACGCCGGAUGCUGGGGGCGAUGACUGCUGGAGCUCCCAUGAUGUGUCAACACAAUGUGGAAACUCUCUCCCCCAGCUCGCUGCUGGUUGUUUACCGUGUGGGAGGCUUCACUUCAAAUCCUGUUUGUCAAAUUGAAAAGUGGAGAGCAAAUUGCAGCAGAUUAAAGAGAGCGAACGAAGAGGCCGGUUAAGACGCACUCGUCAGGAUCAAAGUCGGCUAUUUAUCUGAUUCACCAAACUCUAAAUGUCACAGCGCGGCCGUGAGAAGCUGCUCCGCCCUGCCUGUUGUCUCCUUUUUGCCACUUUCUGGUAGCUUUAAUGAAUGUCAUGAGUCUGAAGAGCAGAGCCUGAAGAAAAAAAGAAUCGUGGAUUAAUAGGAAUAUCUGUUCCACUUCCAAAGAACAGCAGCCAAGCAAAGAUCAAAGUCGGAGCCGCUUCACAGCCUUUUCCUGCACAAAUGUCACAGAGUGAAGAGAAAGUGGCAGCACUAAUGAAACGGCGCUCAAAUGUUGGCGUGCCGAAUUCAGAACAAAGAGGAAUCGGUGAGGAGAACAACUGGAGCAGCAGUGAACAUGUUCCACCUGCCUGCAUCUCCAACUGAGACUCCGGAUCGGAUGAAACACACAAAGAGGGGUUCUGACCUUUUGCUUAUCUUGGUGUGCAAAUCUAAAUAAAUAUAGCAGAUGGAAGACGUGUCCGGCAUGUUGCACUGGGAUUAAUCAGAGGCAGACAUUUUCUCAUGCCACACUGUUGAUUUUAGGAACUUGGUAAAUCCCAUUGCUCUUCUUUAUGACACGUUUAUGCUUGAAGUCUUUGUUCUAUAAUCCGAGUAGAGCGGCAGGAAAGCUAAAUGAAUACCAGCGACGUCUGAGGACCUGAAGGAUCAACCUAGAGAACGGAUCCGGUUCAGGAUCCUCCAUGUGAUCCUCUCCAACUGCAGGCGGUGUCUUUUCCCUCACCACAGGGUGGAUCGACACUGUCAGCAUUUUCUCAGACUGUUGCCCCUCAUGAGACUUCCUUUCACUACUUGGAAUAAAACGCCAGAAAAAGGGAAGUCAAGACUUCUCAUCCUUAAUGAGUUUAUGAAAUUUACUAUAGAGCAUAAAAACAAACAUGUUUUUUAAAAAUAUUUUAUGGAAUUAUCAAAAAACUGCAGAGCGUGUCCACUAGGGGGCAGCAUGCACCCAGUCAUUAUGUGAGCUGUUUCUGCAGAGAAAAUCUGGAUUCUAGCAGAAUGCAGCAGCAACCAUGAGCGCUGGUGCACGGGAACUGUUCAUGAUGAGAUGGCGUGUAGCUCUAAGACUGUUGUCACGCGUGUCUGCUGUGCUGUAAUUAUCUCUAAUUAGUGAUGCAGAGACAGGAAGUUGAUCUUUGCCUUCAAGCAGCUGGUUGAUAAAAUGUACGAGUUGGAGUCAAGUGGAGAUUAAAACCACAAACUCUGAUGUGUUUGAGCAAAUGUUGUGUUUUAUAACAGGGCAGCCUGGUGAAAGUACACCAAUGAGACUUUUUAAAAACAGUAAACAUGCGAAACAACACAGAUGUGAAGGAUAUUCAGGGAAGUAGUUUGGGACAGAAAUCUGUAUUUUUAAGUCUGAGAUUUAGGUUAAAAAUGACACAAAAAAAGGUGAUCAAGUUUAAACAAAACCAGAUAGGUUCCAGUCAAUUUCUGGUUAAGCUAAUUCAAAUGUAGUUCAACAUUUAAGGACUUGAUUACAACUUACUGGGUAAAAAUCCAGAAGCAGAGAGAGAGCCAAAAACCACGUCUCCAUAUUCAAUCCCAAACGAUCUUGCAAUUUUCUCCAAGUUUGCAGAAAGCAGUGGUGCUGAAACAACCGAGCAGAUGGCGAGUCGAGCAAAGAAAAUGUCGUUCUGAACGGUGCAGCUUAACGGGAUGACAAAAGUCCUCACGAGUCGAUACCACCAAGCUGGGAGCAGAUAUCCAAGCAAGACCUGAACUCUGAGAGUUCAAGGAAACAAAAAUACACGGAAUUUACAAGACUGGCUUUGAGACAGAAGUGGAUUUCACAAGACAGAGCUGCAUGGGACUCAUUGGCACUGAGGUGCAUAAAGUUUAUUUACCUCUGA